AUGGGCGAGCAUGGCCGUACCGACUCGUACCGCGUCGCCACCAUCGGCCCCAUUAAGGAUGAUAAUAGAACAGCUGAUGGACAUUACAAGACACGGCGAAAACCCCCCGCGAAAAAACGGAAACCUGGAGACUUAGAGGAUCUUAAACAAGAAUUGGAUAUUGACUACCACAAAGUAACGCCAGAGGAACUCUAUCAAAGAUUUCAGACGCAUCCAGAAAAUGGCCUUAGUCAUGCAAAAGCGAAAGAAAACUUGGAAAGGGAUGGUCCAAAUGCACUCACACCCCCAAAACAGACGCCCGAAUGGGUAAAGUUUUGUAAAAAUCUAUUCGGCGGUUUUGCGUUAUUACUGUGGAUUGGUGCUAUUCUAUGCUUUAUUGCCUACGGAAUCCAGGCGAGUACGGUAGAGGAACCCGCAGAUGACAACUUGUAUCUCGGUAUCGUGUUAGCGGCUGUAGUUAUUGUAACGGGCAUCUUCUCAUACUACCAAGAAAGCAAGUCAUCGAAAAUCAUGGAGUCCUUCAAGAACAUGGUACCCCAGUUCGCGACCGUCAUCCGUGAGGGAGAAAAGUUAACGUUGCGCGCUGAAGAUCUUGUACUCGGCGAUAUUGUUGAGGUUAAAUUCGGUGACAGAAUCCCAGCUGAUGUCCGUAUUGUUGAAUCGCGAGGUUUCAAAGUGGACAACUCGAGUUUAACCGGUGAAUCAGAACCUCAAUCCCGUGGUCCCGAAUUCACAAACGAAAACCCGUUGGAGACUAAGAACUUGGCCUUUUUCUCGACUAAUGCCGUUGAAGGUACCGCUAAAGGAAUUGUCAUUUGCUGCGGAGACAACACUGUAAUGGGGCGUAUCGCUGGUCUGGCUUCCGGUUUGGACACUGGCGAGACCCCUAUCGCUAAGGAGAUCCACCAUUUCAUCCAUCUGAUUACCGGUGUAGCCGUCUUCCUGGGUGUUACGUUUUUCGUUAUCGCCUUCAUUCUCGGCUACCAUUGGCUCGAUGCUGUUAUUUUCCUCAUUGGUAUCAUCGUAGCCAACGUGCCGGAAGGUCUACUAGCCACUGUAACAGUAUGUCUGACUCUCACUGCCAAACGUAUGGCUUCCAAGAACUGCCUUGUAAAGAACUUGGAGGCUGUAGAGACUCUAGGAUCUACGUCCACUAUUUGCUCUGAUAAGACUGGCACCCUCACCCAGAACAGAAUGACCGUCGCUCACAUGUGGUUCGACAACCAGAUUAUUGAAGCGGACACCACUGAAGAUCAGUCUGGAGUUCAAUAUGAUCGCACCAGCCCUGGAUUCAAGGCCCUCGCUAAAAUUGCAACCCUCUGCAACCGUGCAGAGUUCAAAGGUGGUCAAGAGGGUGUACCGAUCCUGAAGAAGGAAGUAGCCGGUGACGCGUCCGAAGCCGCCCUGCUCAAGUGCAUGGAACUAGCGCUCGGUGAUGUCUUGUCCAUCAGAAAGAGGAACAAGAAAGUAUGCGAAAUUCCCUUCAACUCGACCAACAAGUACCAAGUUUCUAUCCACGAGAGUGAUGACCCCAGCGAUCCUAGGCACCUGCUUGUGAUGAAGGGAGCUCCUGAGAGGAUUUUGGAACGGUGCAGCACCAUCUUUAUUGGUGGAAAGGAAAAGGUUCUGGAUGAAGAAAUGAAGGAAGCUUUCAACAACGCGUACUUGGAAUUGGGAGGUCUCGGUGAACGUGUGCUCGGUUUCUGCGAUCUGCAACUACCCUCCGACAAGUACCCGAUCGGAUUCAAGUUCAACACAGAUGACGUCAACUUCCCCAUUGACAACCUUCGAUUCGUCGGCCUCAUGAGUAUGAUUGACCCUCCCCGUGCUGCCGUACCUGAUGCUGUCGCCAAGUGCCGAUCUGCUGGUAUCAAGGUUAUCAUGGUAACUGGUGACCACCCGAUCACAGCCAAAGCCAUCGCGAAGUCUGUUGGUAUCAUUUCUGAAGGAAACGAAACGGUCGAAGACAUCGCGGCGCGCCUGAACAUCCCCGUCUCCGAAGUGAACCCGCGUGAAGCCAAGGCGGCUGUCGUACACGGAACUGAAUUGAGGGAACUCAACUCUGAUCAAUUGGAUGAGAUUCUUAAGUACCACACUGAAAUCGUAUUCGCCCGGACAUCGCCUCAACAGAAACUGAUCAUCGUCGAGGGCUGCCAGCGUCUUGGAGCCAUCGUCGCUGUAACAGGAGACGGUGUCAACGACUCGCCCGCGCUUAAGAAAGCCGAUAUUGGUGUCGCCAUGGGUAUCGCUGGAUCUGACGUGUCUAAGCAGGCUGCCGACAUGAUCCUGCUGGAUGACAACUUCGCUUCCAUCGUCACCGGGGUUGAAGAGGGACGGUUGAUCUUCGACAACCUGAAGAAAUCCAUCGCGUACACUCUCACUUCGAACAUUCCAGAAAUCUCACCUUUCCUCGCCUUUAUCCUCUGCGACAUUCCUCUGCCACUCGGUACUGUUACCAUCCUUUGCAUUGAUCUCGGAACUGACAUGGUGCCAGCUAUCGCACUAGCGUACGAGGAAGCGGAAGCGGAUAUAAUGAAAAGACCACCUAGGAACCCAUUUUGCGACAAACUUGUCAAUGAGAGGUUGAUUUCGAUGGCCUACGGUCAAAUCGGGAUGAUACAAGCCGCGGCCGGAUUCUUCGUGUACUUUGUGAUUAUGGCUGAGAAUGGAUUUUUGCCUUUGAAACUGUUCGGUAUCAGGAAGCAAUGGGACUCCAAGGCCAUCAACGACUUAACUGACUCCUACGGACAAGAAUGGACCUACCGCGACCGCAAAGCCCUGGAGUAUACCUGCCACACCGCUUUCUUCGUCUCCAUCGUCGUAGUGCAAUGGGCCGACUUGAUUAUCUGCAAGACCCGUCGUAACUCCAUCGUGCACCAGGGCAUGCGCAACUGGGCCCUUAACUUCGGUAUCGUCUUCGAAACUGCCCUAGCCGCCUUCCUAUCCUACACUCCUGGUAUGGACAAGGGACUCAGGAUGUACCCUCUCAAGUUCGUGUGGUGGCUGCCGGCCAUUCCGUUCAUGCUGUCGAUCUUCAUCUACGACGAGAUCCGGCGCUUCUACCUGCGUCGCAACCCGGGCGGCUGGCUCGAACAAGAGACUUACUACUAA